AGUACUGUGCUUCCCAUCAUUCCAACUACGUAAACUCACUAGAAGAAGAAAGAGUUUAACUUUUCAUACUUUUUUACUGUUUAAAUUUUGACAAAUAUCUGAGUAUUUCUUUCUCUCGACGCUAAAGAUAAAGUGACAACACGAGGAAGGCGAUAAUACUACUACACCGAAGAGAUGACGUAACUGGACAUCUCAGUGUCUGACCCAGCCACUUUCUAUUGUAUGGGAAGGGUCACAAAGAGAAAGCUAACAGUAUGGUAUGAUCUGGAGCAGUGAGAGGUUGUGGCGACCUCAUCAGUAGCUGUCACCACGGCGGGGGACCUCCGGACCUCUGUCUGCAGAGUGGUCAUCUACCUCCAAAGGGACAUGUCUGGGGAAAGCGUCCUUCCCCAUCACCACAGCCAGUCUGAACCCACCUCUCCAGCUCCCCCCCUGGCUUGUCCCAAGACCAAGGCCUGCAGUUACAGAGGAGCAGUGGGCCUGGGCAACACAUAUGUCCGGCUUAAUGUUGGAGGGAUGCUGUUUUACACCACACUACAAGUGCUAACCAGGCAAAACUCCAUGCUGAAAGCCAUGUUCAGUGGGAAGAAAGAAGUAUUCACAGACAAGGAAGGGUGGAUCCUGAUUGACCGUAGUGGGAAACACUUUGGCUGCAUCCUGUGUUACCUGCGUGACGGCACUGUCAUCUUACCCAAAGGCCGUCAGGCUCUUCAGGAGUUGCUGGCUGAGGCAAAGUACUACCUCAUCCAAGGCCUUGUAGAACUUUGUCAAAACACCUUGCAGGGCAAUAAAGAGCAACCCCUGUGUGUUAUACCUGUGAUCACCUCCCCGAAAGAAGAGGAGCGGCUCAUCCAGUCCUCCUCUAAGCCUGUAGUGAAGCUGGUGUACAACAGAAGCAACAACAAAUACUCCUACACCAGCAACUCUGACGACAACCUGUUGAAGAACAUCGAGCUGUUUGACAGGCUGUCUCGCAACUUCAACAGCCGCGUCCUCUUUAUGAAGGACGUGAUCGGAGAUGAGAUAUGCUGCUGGUCCUUUUACGGUCAGGGACGCAAGCUGGUCGAGGUGUGCUGCACCUCCAUCGUCUACGCCACAGAGAAGAAGCAGACCAAGGUGGAGUUCCCUGAAGCCCGGAUCUACGAGGAAACCCUGAACACUAUGCUUUAUGAGACCAUGCCGCUGCCCGACAACUCCCUGCUGGAGGCCACUCGCCGGAGCUACAACAACUGUGGUUCUCACAGCGAGGAAGAGGAGGGGCCCGGAGGAAGCGAGCUACGUGAGCGCGUCCGUCGCAUUCACGUGAAGCGGUACAGCACGUACGACGAUCGGCCGCUCGGACACUGAGGCCAUGAAACACGCUGGACGCUGGCUUGUUUUUCCACCAUGAAAUGUUCUGAAGCUCAUCUCCAUCUUUGUGUGACCGUACUCUCUCUGUCACAUCUCCAAGUAGUGGCCUCGGUUUAAUGACUUCCUCCACUCGAGCGUCUGAUUCCAGAUGUGAUCACAUGACUGUCGGAGGAUCCAGAGCAGCUGCUCCACAAACACACAGAAUGUGUCUUUUAUGGAAUUCGAUUUAGUACUGAAGGAGAAAAUCACUAACAUGCACUGUUAAUAAAAUACUGUGUGAAUGAAAAGUUCCAGCCUGCACCAGCACACAGCUGGUUUCACAUUUACUGGCUGUACUUUUCACAUGUUUGCAGCCUGUUUACGAAAGACGUGCCGGUUUUAGUUUGAAUGAGUUGAUGUGCCUCUGAUACUAAGAUGCUGCUCACCACCCUUCAUCCUACCAGCUGUGAAGAUUAAAGUUAUUGUUAUUCCCA